GCACAGACGUCCCUGCCUGCAUCCGAGUCCAAUCAGCUGCCCCCACAGGGCGAGAAAAAUGAGCCAUUAUCACCCAACACGACCCCUCAGCCCAUCCAGACCUCCAAGCCAACAGUGGUGACUGCCACCGUCAAGCACACGCCCAAGGGUGGCAAGGAGUCUGUGGCCCCCGUUGGGCCCACCCCCAAGGGUGGCAAGGAGUCUGUGGCCCCCGUUGGGCCCACCCCCAAGGGUGACAAGGAGUCUGUGGCCCCUGUUGAGCCUGCCCCCAAGGGCGAUGAGCAAUCUUCAGACCCUGCUGAGUCUGUCCCUAGUCCACACCUGCCCAGGAAGCUGUCCCCCACGGAGGAGCUGGAGGAACCAGAGGAGGAUGGGAAGAUUGACAAAAUCUCUCCUCCCAGCGGGGAGAAGAAGGACAGUGUCCCCAUUGCCCCCAAAGACCCGUCUGAGAGCAGCCACUUCUUCGCUUACCUGGUGACCACAGCCAUUAUCGUCGCUGUCUUGUACAUUGCCUAUCACAACAAACGGAAGAUCAUUGCUUUUGCUCUGGAAGGAAAAAGAUCCAAAAUAGCCCGACGCCCCAAAUCUGGUGAUUAUCAGAGACUGGAUCAAAAGAUAUAAAUCUGUUCCCUUGGAAAUUCUGCAUGUUGCUGGGCUGAGCAAGGAUGCCAGAAUGCAAUGGCCAAGGAAGUGCUGCAACUCCCAGCAGCAAGGCUCCAGCCCUCCCAGCCACACUGCCAUGUCUUGAUCUCAGAGGGGGUGGGGGGAGCAGGGAAAGUGCUUUUAGUUUUUUGCACCUGCACUUUGGUCAUGUUAAUGCUUCACUCUCCAUCUUUUUGGAUUCCCCUCCAUUCCUCCCCCCGACCCCUUCACAGCUGCCUGAAACUGAGCUAGUUUUCCAGCUCUGGUUUCUUGCUUCCAUUCUGUGACAAAGGAAAAAAACCAAGGGAAGAUGCAGCAAGGGACAGAAUUUCUUUUGCACCUACACAAUGUGGAACUGACUUCCUACUGUAUGGACACAAAGGUCUCUGGCAGAGGCCUGCCUGCUGAAUGAGCCAUCUCAGUCUCUCUCUUCUUGGUCCAUGGCGCUGUCUUUUGUACCGGCAUGGUUGGUCUUGACAAAUGAACGUUAUCCCCUUGUGUCCAAUGUGGGUGGACGCUAAAAUUCCUAGCCUAAUUGCACUAGUUCCAAAAAUGUUUGCCAAGGACUCUUUUGUCUGAUUGGUCUCUUGAUUCUCUGUGAGGACGACAGGGGUGGGGAUAACAUGAUUGUCUUCGUACCCAUGUUAGAGGUAACAGUGGAGUCAGCGCCUCAUGCCUCUUCUGACCCCUUUUGGGUUUUUUUUCCUGUCUUCAGGUUUCCUGAUGGUAUUUCUCCUCCUGGGCUCCCCAAAGCUUAGGAGACUGCACUGAAGACAAAGCGCUGAGGUGGGAUGUGGUUAGGGAAUGCCACAGAUGCAUGCAUAGCUUGGUGCCAAAUCUCCUUAGCAAGGUUUUACUCAGCUUUGUCUCUGCAUGUGAAUGCCUGCCUCUGAAAUGUCACUUGAAUGUAAGGGUUAUGUGGACUCAAGUAGCUUCAGUGCUGGCAAGUAGCUGAUACGCCUUUCCUGAAAGAGCGGAGUCUGAGCCCUGAAUUUUCAGCCUGGGUUGUUCUAGUUGGCACUGGGUGGACUUGUAUUGAUCAGAGCUCAGCAUAGUGAGAUUGGUGCGAAUUGAAUGUCUGCGUGCAGGGUCUAGCUUUCAGCGUUUCUCCAUUCAAGCACAGAACAGAUGUUGAGAGGAUGGGGUUGGUGGAUGGCUGCUGACCAUGGAUGCAUUGCACAUGCAUUUUGUGCAUGCAAGUGGUAGUGUUGGAACUUGACUCCCUUAGGCAGGUGACUGAACUGUUGGUUGCUGCAGGAGGUCAUAUGAUGCAGCCAGAGGUGCCCUACCCUGCCUGCUCUGCCAUAGACUUGGCAAACCUGGUGUCACUCAGUGCACAGCUGAUUUGUUCAGAAUAAAUGGGAGGGCAUCCUGGCUAGUGCAGAAAGAUUUCCUUCCAAGUGGGUGGGCAAUAGAGGAAAAAGGGAUUAGUUGAUAGGAUCGCUUCCAGCCAUCAGGUUGACAGGUCUCCCCUUCCCCUUGCUUUUGCUCCCGCCUCACUUCACUUUGUUUGUAGCUGAACAUGUCUUAAAACAGUCUGGUCCAUGCAGAGCUGAUUUCCUUGACACUGUGGACCACAUAGACUUAUUGCUUGUGGAAACCAAUGGCUGGUACAGGCUGGCAUUGCUGAUUUUGUAUUGUGAGGUAUGGGGACGGGUUAUUAUCUUCCAAAGGACAGUGUGUUUGUAAAGCCUGUAUGGGAGCAGGAUAGCUGGCUAGUGGGGUUGAGUGGCAUAUCUUGCUUCUCUCAUGGGCAGAAACCAUUACAGUAGCUUGUACAGGAGAAGUCUGAGUAAACAGCCACUCCUAGAAUAGAUGCUGACUGCGUCCUCGCUCCAUACACUCUUCAACUGAUGGAAGCCCAGGAAGAAUCUCAUCUCGCUUAUGUUAUCUUUGCUUGACUCGAGCCAAAGACGGCUUGUGAAGUCACCUUCUGUGUCGUCAGCUCUUCCCUCCUGCAGAUCUAGGUCAGUAGAUGUAGGAGUACUUGGUGAUCUCCUUGUGCAGACGAGGUUUCAACCCACAAAAAUGGUAAAUGCCAGACUUCAGUUUAUUUCUCUUUACAAGCUACUUUCUUUUGCUGAAAACAUAGUCACACAAUAAGGGGAGAGAAUCCCUCUUGUUUUAAAAUGUAUCUGGAAGGUGCUGCAGUGAAGGUUGCUUUCAGAUUCUGAGCUCUGAGAUGAGAAGACCCCACUGGGGCAGGGCAGAAAAGCCAGGUCCUAGAAUAGAACUUCAGAAGGAAGUGUGGCAUCUCCACGGAGGAGAGCUUGCAUGCAUGCAGCACGCCUGCUAGCUAUUGCAAAGGUAGUGCAUGGCACAUUUGAGGCAGAUGGCAGGAAGCUGUGCCCACCACCCACUUCGGUCAAUGAGGCAGAGUUGGAGGCAAUGCUUGAAUUUCUAUUUAUGCUCAAGACCUCUUGGAGGAUGUGAUAAGUUGCACAGUUUGGAUCCCAUUUCCCAGCUUCCUUGGGAAUCGUGGGGGGUGGCUUUGGAUUCCCCCCCCCCCUUGUUUCUGUUGCAGUUUUCAAUCGGGAAAUGUUUUAGAGGACUUGAACCAAACCAGUUUGUUGGGGAAAUCUGAGGCCUCCCCAACCUCUGUCUCUUCACUGACUUGAAUUAAAAAAGAAACUUUUCAGUUUGCUUGGGGAAACACAAUACCACAGAACCUGGCUACUCAGGAGCCCACAGGGAGACAAGCUCAGUCUCUCUCCUCUGCUUGGGCACUGCCUGUGAUACAAUCUGAUAGGUGCAAAGAUUUAAAUUCUUGAUAUAAAGAAUUAAAAUACAGGGAAAUUUUUCCUUUUUUUUUCCUUCUCCUGUUGGUCAUGGGGCUGUCUCAAAGAGUAGCUUGCCAUGUGAUGAGCACAAAGUCCAAUGAACAGAAAUGCACAUGGUACAAUGAAUGCAAACUUCACAGGGUGGUAAGGGCAUCACCUGGCUCAUUCACAACCCCUUGAAAUAUGGAUCUCUGGCCUCACUACUUCACGCUUGUGAAAGCAACUGUUCAACUGCAGUGCUGUCGUUUAACAUGUAAAUGGAAAGAACAGCUGGUGAGGCUGAAUUGUAAUGCUUCUAUCUGUAAAGUCUGAAGUGUGCAAGACUUUCAGUGGCUGUCACUAUAAUUGGGAUCUUGGAAUGAUUUCCAUGUUGUGUUGAUCUUUAUGGUAAUGCUCUCCUAUGUAAGAUGAGAUGAUCCACAAAUAUCAAAGAGGUAUAUUGGAUAUUCCUAUGAUGCAGCUUUGUAACAGCAUCUGCUGGAGACCCCUUUCUUGCCAAACACUGUUACCACAGUGUUGGGCCAGUGACCUUCCUGGGUUGAACCUAUGAUUUGUUUGGUUUCUGCUGCAAAGUCAGUUUUGCUUUGAAGAAUCAGAAUUUUAUAUUCCUUUGUAACUUUUCCCCCCCCCUGUGUGGUGAAAUCAAUGAAUGGAUCCAAUAAAGAAAUGUGAUUUGA